AUGGCCAGCCUUUGCAGUGUCUCUAGUUUGGUGAUCAUAGCUUUUUUCGUGGCCGGGGAGGCCUCGAAUGGAAAUAGCAUGAACCCAGUGGGAGUAAGAGCUUUUCUCGAUCCACAGAAUGCGGCUAGGGGGGACGUGGGCGUGGGUCCCUUGGUUUGGGACUCAAGGCUGGCCGAGUUUGCCCGCAGCUACGCUAGGCAACGUCGAAGCGAUUGCGCUCUGAAGCACUCAGAGGGGCCACUGGGAGAGAACAUGUUUUGGGGGAGUGGCCGAAAGUGGGACAUCACUGAUAUUGUGGCCGCAUGGGUGACUCAAAAGCAAUAUUACGACCACAACCUCAAUGUUUGCAAUGGACCUGACUGCACCCACUACACUCAGAUCGUGUGGAGGAACACCGAAAGAGUCGGCUGUGCCAAGAUUAUAUGCGACAGCGGAGACACGCUUGCUGUCUGCGAGUACUCUCCUCCGGGCAACUACAUCAACUCUAGGCCCUACUAA